AGCUGCUUUCAUUGGGCUCUGAACCACAGGGGUGGGAUAAUGUACAAUAUCAAAGAAAAGUGACAGAAGAACAAUAUAUAAGGAAAGCAGUGAAACUACCCAGGCACAAAAACAUUGUCUUAGCAUGGGCUUUCAGCAGGGAUUUUGUAACCAUCCCACAGAAGGAAAGGGAAGAGAAGAACAAAUAGGUACCGGAGGGUGGAUGAUAUGAAAGGGGAGGUCAGAAAGUGAGUGAGAACACAUGCAGAAUCAGAGGGAGGAGAUACAAAGGGAGAUGUGAGGUGUAGAAACUGCCUUUAUUUUGCUUUGAGCAGCCAGUGGACACAGUUUGUGAGUGUUUGAGGAGAUGGACAUGGAUGGUUUGUGCUACUGGAUGAAGAGGAUACGGCAGGAUCCUGUCCCACGAUUAUGAUCCAGCUUCUCAAGUGACAUACAUUGGUCAGCGAUGCCUAUAAUAUCUGGAAACAGUGAACAAGACUAUAAUAACCUAAGCUACUCCUCCAGCAGCACCUUGAACCAUUUCUUUCCAGUCGCUGUUGAAUCCCAGACACUUAAAGGAGUAAAGUAUCAAAGGGCUCAAAGGAUCUAUAACACAGAUGAAGUCUAUACAGCCAAUCUGAAACGAGAAAUUAUUAUUAAUGUAGGAGGCAUUAAAUACCUCAUGCCUUGGAGUACUCUGGAUACAUUUCCUAUGACAAGACUUGGGAAAUUAAGGUUUUGCAGCAGCUAUGAGGAGAUCAUCCAGAUUUGUGAUGACUUUGAUGAAGACACCAAUGAAUUCUUUUUUGACAGGAACCCUUGUGCUUUCAGCAUGAUUGUCAGCUUCUUGGCAGCAGGGAAGCUGAGGCUCUUGAGGGAAAUGUGUGCCUUGUCUUUUCAGGAUGAGUUAACUUACUGGGGUAUUGAAGAGUCCAAUCUGGAGAGAUGUUGUCUUAGGAAGCUUUUCCAGAAACUUGAGGAACUUGCUGAGAUCAGGAAAGAAGAGGAAGCCCAGAGGAACAGGGAGACCAUAUGUGUUCUUGAGGACAACUCCAAAGUUGGCCAUUGUAUGGGCAAACUAAGGGAUAUGGUAGAAAAUCCACAAUCAGGGAUCCCUGGAAAGGUGUUUGCCUGCCUCUCUAUUUUAUUUGUGGCCACCACCGCUGUAAACCUAUGUAUUAGCACCAUGCCAGACCUCCGAGCUGAGGAGGACAGGGGUGAAUGCUCCCUGAAGUGUUAUAACAUCUUCAUCAUUGAGACCAUUUGUGUAGCCUGGUUUUCACUGGAGUUCUUUUUACGUUUUAUUCAAGCGAAGAGCAAAUGCCAGUUUUUCAAGGAACCUCUAAAUAUUAUUGAUGUAUUGGCCAUUUUGCCGUAUUACGUUUCACUAAUAGUGGAGGAUGAGCAAAAAACUGUGGAUAAACCUGGCAGCAAUUCCUACCUGGAGAAGAUAGGGCUGGUUCUGCGUGUUUUACGUGCCUUGAGAAUAUUAUAUGUAAUGCGACUUGCAAGGCACUCACUCGGCCUGCAGACUCUGGGACUUACAAUUCGAAGAUGCACAAGAGAAUUUGGACUUCUCUUACUCUUCCUCUGUGUGGCUGUAACAUUAUUUGCUCCUUUGGUUCACUUAGCUGAAAAUGAAAUGGGCAUAUGCCAAGAAUUCACAAGUGUACCUGCUUCAUAUUGGUGGGCUAUUAUCUCCAUGACCACAGUUGGAUAUGGAGAUAUGGUACCCAGAAGCAUUCCAGGUCAAGUGGUAGCUCUGAGCAGCAUUCUUAGUGGAAUUCUAAUCAUGGCCUUUCCUGCAACAUCAAUAUUCCAUACCUUCUCCCGCUGUUAUUCCGAACUCAAGAGAGAACAGGAAAGACUGCAGAGUCGUUUGAUGAGGUCAAAAGAUGCCAAUCAGUCUGGUGAAAGUGAUACAUUUAAUGAUACAGACAGUUUGGUUUCGGAGGACAAUUACGAAUAUUUUUACAAUGGCAAAUAAACUCUAGUUAAAGGACGAUGGAACCAUUAUGUGGACAACAUCUGCAUCGUUAUGGGUAUUUUUAGAGAAAGAGUGACGAUGACAUAUUGUUUUUUGAAUGGGACUUUUUUUCCCGAAGAUAAACCAACAUUGCGUGCUUACAAAAACUGGAUAAAAUAAAUAUAUUGUGGCUGAUAUAUAUAUUUUAUAUUGUGUUACCCAAAAAAAUGUAUGAAGGAGAACCAUGGAAUUUAGAAACAAUAUUUACUAUUUUUUUCAAACAGAAACUUUGAAAUACAGUAUAUUAGUUAUAUUUUCUUUAUUUUACUUUACCAGCAUUUUUUUUACCCAACAAGCUCAAGUGAGACAAAUUAAAAUAACGAUCUAGCACAUGAAACCUUUGAUUAUUUUUAAUACAGAUGAAUGCAUUAUUAGGCAAAGCUAGAGACAUAUAUACAAUUGAUAUGUCAGAGAAUGUCAGUAUGGCUGGUAAAUGGGCUGCUGACAUGGGCUGAAUAUAGUGCCUGCACCAGAUGGAGCAGUGGAGGCAUAAUGUUGCUCCAUCUCACAAAGGUACAUUGCUCACUUGUCAUCUACAACUUAUUACCUCUCCAUCCUCCAUGACACUUCCUGUGAACAAAUAAAGCUACAGUGCCCAAUGGGGGAUGUCACAAAUCAUGUAAGAUGUAUACAUAUUUGUGUACUCUAGGUUCAGUCACUCAUAUAUUGGGGCUUCGCAUUAGCACCACAUGGAAACUAUUCAUAUAUAUAAUUUUUAUGAAAAUUAUUGAGUGAGCAUCUGCUUUAUUAUACAUUGCUAGUGAUGGGCAAUUCAAUUUGUCAGACAUGAAUUUGCGGUGAAUUUCCACGUUUUGCCACAAGCAAAUUAAUUUGUGAAACUGCGGCGACAAUACGCCUGCAAAAAAUCUGUCGCGUCAUAAAAAAUUGACACGCAUUAAAAUUGUCACACGUCAAAAUUAUUCGGACGUCCAUUGACUUUAAUGCAUUUGGACCAAAUAGUCGUGUGUAUAAAAAUUGUCACUUCCAUCAAAAUUGAUUUGACGCCCAUUAACUUCAAUGCAUUCCGUGAAUUUUCUGCCGUUUCGUGAGUUUCGCUGUAAUUCGCAAAUUCUUUGUCAAAGCAAAACUGCACAGAUUCGCCCAUCACUAUACGUUGCACUUCUCUCUGAGCACAGGGGAGAAACCAAAUUAUUAUGGAACUUUUUCUCCCAUCAUCUUAUUGUUUCAGCAUUGACUAUUUGCCUUUUUUGUGAGUUAUUCAAUGUGAUCUUUUUGCUUUGCCUUUUUAGCUAUAUUCAUUUGCAUAUGAAUAUAUUUUGUAUUAAAUUCUACAAUAAGAUUGUUACAUACUUUUGUUAAUGCAUUUUCCUUCUGUUUCUUUUUUUUUUGUAUUAUUGCUGGAUUUAUUAUUUACUUAGGAUUCAGUCAAGUUUAUUAUUUUACUAUAGUCACAAAAGGGAUUAUUUACAAACAACCCAGACAGAAGUGCAAGAACAAAAUGAAUUCUGGUUCUCAGUACUUGCUCAUUAUAAGGAAAUUACAGGGAGACAAGUACUUACCUAGAUUCAAUGAAAAAGGUUUCCUCAUAAAAUUAAUAAUGGCCAUGAAAUUAAUCGGAGAUACCAAAAAAAUCCAAUGAGAGGGGAAUUAUAUAAAAUAGAGCUUUGAUUGAUGGAAGAGAUAACACACACAUUUAAUAAACAUGAAGCAUACGCAGCUACAUCUUUUUCUGGUCAUAAUUUGUGAACAAUAAACAAUAAAAUUCUUAACACUACAGAUGAGAUGCUCACUCUAUUCACAUAUAAUGCAGACUUGAAAUAAAAGCAGUCCUUGCAGCAAUGCAGAAUCCAUCCUAUGUUCCGUCUUAAUGUGCUAUUUGAAAUACAUUGCUGUGUGAAACAACAAAUUCUUAUUGGAUAAUCUUUCUGGAUAAUAUGUAACUUCUUACAUUACUUAUACAACACAUUUAUUGUAAUGUUUAUAAUUAAAGCAAAAUAACAGGAGAGUCUUUUUUUAGAUAAACAUUCGCUAUACAUAUUGUCAAUCUUUUCUGUGUUAGAUUUUUGUAAUAUAGUGGUGCCUGUCAAUCCUGCAGUGUUUUUCAAAAACAACAAUAAGGGGCAGA